AUGCUAUUUGGUGUCCAGGACAUUGCACUGUUGGAACAUGGGUGUAAGGCCUUGGAGGUGGAUAGUUACAAGUCCCUGAUGAUUCUGGGAAUCCCGGAAGAUUGCAACCAUGAGGAAUUUGAAGAGAUCAUCCGGACACCCCUCAAACCUCUGGGCAAGUUCGAAGUGGCUGGGAAAGCUUUUCUGGAGGAACAGAGAACCAAGGCAGCCAUCAUCACACUGGAAGAGGAACUGGAUCAUGACCUGGUCCCCAGGGAGAUCAAAGGCAAAGGUGGGGUGUGGAAAGUGGUCUUCAUGCCCCCCAGGCAGGAUAUUGAAUUCCUGACCAAGCUCAACCUGUUCCUGCAGAGUGAGGGCAGGACAGUGGAAGACGUGGCCAGGGUCCUGAGGCAGGAGCUGUGCCCCACAGUGACAGAUCUGAGAGAGCCGCCUGCCAGGCAGUGCUGCCCACCACCUCCGCCUCGGGCCAGCCUGGAGGCGGGGGCCAGUGCCACGGUGGAUGAUGGGGAGAAGGACAGCAAGGCUGGCGACAGCAGGAGGAGCAAGAAGAAACCCAAGAAGAACCGCCGUCGGCACCAGGCCGCUGACAAGAAGCAGUGAGAUCCCUGCUUUUGUCAUAAGAAGUGGUAAUGAUUAUGUCAUCUGGAGGUACUAGUGG